AUGCCAGCGGCCGAGGGGCAGGAUGUGCAGGUGUGGCAGAAAGUAUUUCAAGAACUAAUUCAUGAGGUGAGACCAUGGCACCAAUGGACCCUGACACUAGACAACAGCCUCACGCCCAACACCCUGCAACCAGGGUGGACCCAAUACCAGCAGCAGGUCUUUGCCAGGUUCACGUGCUCCUGGUGCUCUCGCAAUUGGGCCUCUGCCCACGUUCAAGUCCUUUGCCACAUGCACUGGAACAAGAGGGAGUCCACGGGCCAAGUUAAGAUGAGGAUCUUUGCCCAGAGAUGUCAGAAGUGCUCAGAGCCUCCAUUUGAGGUCCCAGAGUUCACGGAAGAGAACGUCUCAAGGAUCCUGAACAACCUGGUGUUCCGAAUUCUGAAGAAAUGCUAUGGAGAAGGAUUUAAGUCAAUGCAGAAUAUCCCUACAAUCAAGGAUAUCUCUCUUAAGGGGCCACACGACACUGACAAUUGUGAGGCGUGUCUCCAGGGCUUUUGUGCUCAGUGUGAGUUAGAUCUAGUCAAACCAUCACCGAUGUCCCCUUCGCUUCCCACAAGAACAGGUAGCACACCUGCCUCUGGAGUUCCCAUCGAUAAACCUUCUCUCACAAGGAGCAGCACCGCAGUGGAUGCAGUGACAGGGCACACCAGAGUGA